UAGUGCGAAAAUUAAAGAAUAUUAUAUUUACAUUUUAUAAAUACAAAUGAAAAAAAGAAUUAGUUUGAGGAUUUAUGUUUUUUAAAAUCAAAUUUUUUAUUUCAAAAUAAAAAAAAAAUUAUGGAAAUUAUCAUUGGAGUUAUUCUUAAUUAAAUAUUUUUGAAUAUAUGUAUUUUUUUUGUUAUAAGGGUGGCGCCUUCAUUGGCUGAUAUAAAUAAUUUUCAACUUCCUGAUUUUAUAACAAAUUUUGAAGGCAAACUAGUUGAACAAAUUUUAAUUGAAUAUAAAUAAAUAUAAUCAUUGGAAAACUAAAUUAAAAUUUUUGUUUACUAUAGUAUUACAAAAUUUCAAAUGACCGUGACAGCAGCAAUGGAUAUUAACGUAACUACCGAAAUUCAUAAUGAAUAUCCAAACCAUUUGCAACAUCAACAAAAUGUUAGAACAGUUUUAAAACCAUCUCCUUCGGGAACAAAAAUGUUUAUAGAAAGUAAUCCAUUAUUUUAUCGGGACAAUUCUGAAGCAUGCUUAGAUAUAUCACAAGGUGGUAAUGAGUAUGACGAAACACAAAAUCAGGUGACAUGGUUAGAUGACGAAGAAAUAGAUCAACUAGACUUUCCGCUAACAGUUGAUCCUAACAAUAUGUUUUUCAAUCGCGUGGAUAGUGCGGAGAUAAUUUAUAAAAAAAAGAAAAAAGUUUGUAAAAUGGUUGGGAAAUAUGUCAUGGGUGAUAUUUUAGGGGAAGGAUCAUAUGGGAAGGUAAAAGAAGUGCUUGAUUCUGAAACUUUAAAUCGUAGGGCUGUGAAAAUAUUAACAAAACGUAAACUGAGACGUAUUCCAAAUGGAGAACAAAAUGUCCAAAGAGAAAUACAACUACUAAAAAAUUUGAGGCACACAAAUGUUAUUGAGUUAAUUGAUGUAUUAUAUAACGAAGAGAAGCAAAAGAUGUAUUUAAUUAUGGAAUAUUGUGUUGGAGGCUUACAAGAAAUGCUAGAUUAUGCACCACAAAAGAAACUACCUCUAUUCCAAGCACACAAAUAUUUUGUUCAAUUAAUAGAAGGUCUCGAAUAUUUACACGGACGUGGUGUAAUACAUAAGGACAUAAAACCAGGAAACCUUUUGUUAACCUUAGAUCAUACAUUAAAAAUUUCGGAUUUUGGAGUAGCGGAGCAAUUGGAUACUUUUGCCAUUGAUGAUACUUGCACAACAGGACAAGGUUCACCAGCUUUUCAGCCACCAGAAAUUGCGAAUGGCUUGGAGUCAUUUUCUGGCUAUAAGGUUGAUAUAUGGAGUAGUGGAGUAACAUUAUAUAAUAUAACAACUGGCUUAUAUCCAUUUGAAGGUGACAAUAUUUAUAGACUACUUGAAAAUAUAGGAAAAAGUCAGUGGGAAGUACCUGGAUGGUAUAUUGAUUUGGACAAAAACUUAGCCGAACUUGUUUUAGGAAUGUUGCAAGCUGACCCCUAUCAUCGAUUAUCUUUACAAAAAAUUAGAUACCAACCAUGGUAUUUAACAGCACCAGAAGAAAAAGGACCUCCAGUUUCUAUCCCACCCUUAAAACACGAUGAAUUACGUUCUUCGACAGUACUGCCUUAUCUAGAAGCUUAUAAUUACGAUUUAGAGCGUGAAGAGGAGGUUUAUUUUACAGAACAUGAUCUUAAUCAAGAACUAGCUCGACAAGCUGCGGCUGCAGCUGCUGAAAUCAAAGCAAAUAAAAGCACAUCUGGAAAUGACGCUACUGGUCAUCAUAGUAGAACAAAUUUUAAAGCAGGCCCCGAUACAACAUUAUCAGUAUCGAAAUACCCAAAUUAUAAUACAAAUUCAGACAUUAAACAGAAUAGUAAACAGAAUACAUCAUCAUCUGGUAAAAGACGAUCCAAAAAAUCACUUUCUUGUAUUCCGGUUAGGAAGUUAACACAUUGCCGAACUUCGUGAAAAAAUUUCCUAAUAUAAAAUUAUGAGCUUAAAUUUACGAAUGCAUAAAGCUAUAUUAAUAUAAUUAUUAAUAAAUUUUCUAUUUUAUACUUAUUUACGGUUAACAAUAAUCAUUUUUCUAUUUUUAACAAUUUAAAGAAAUCGAUUAAUUGCCAUUUAAUUAUGUAAAAUUUCUGUUUCUUUUUAAUUUCAUAUUUUCAUUAACAUUUUUCUUCCUUUUCUAUCAAUGCUUUUCAUUCUUAUUUCUUUUUAUUUUGUCAAAUUUGCUUUUAUAUUAAUUAUAUAUUUUAUUUUUAGAAAAUAAAAUAAAUUAACAUUCAAUAUAUUUUGCUUGAAGUAGUACUAAUUUUUCUUCAAUUUAAAAAAUAAAAUUUCUUCAGCUUCAAACAAAUUACAUAUAGUUAAAUCGAAAAAAAAAAAUAAAAAUUUACCAACGUCUGCUGGCAGACUUAAAAGAAGUCAAAAACGAAAACAUUUAAAAAGCAUUAGACAGAAAUGCAUUAAUCAAUAAAAAAAAAACACGCAAACGCAAAAAAAAACAUUUAAGGUGCAUAUAUAAAAUAAAAAAAAAAAUAAAAAAUAAUUAAUUAUAAAUGCAAUAAUGCUUACGAAUAUUGGCACAAGUGAAAUUAAUUAAAAACAAGAGAACAUUUUGUUUUUGACAUAGGAACAUGAAAAUUACAAACACAAAAUAUAAAUUAAGAGGAAGAUUCACAUAUUUUCAUUGGGAAAUUUUGUUCAAGGUAGAUGAAAUAAAGAAAGAUAAAAAUAUAUAUAAAAACAGUUCAGAAUAGAAAAAAUUUAAAAUAAGAAUAAAAAUUAAAAUGUUUUCAUUUAAUUUUUUUUUUUGUUAAUGAUCAACCCACAAUAAAUAAUUUACAAUGAAAUAAAUGCAUAACUAGUA